AUGGAUUCUCUCUUGACAGAAGAAUUGCAUCACAUACCCCUUGAAAUAAGCAAGCUUCAAGUCGAAUCAAAUCUCCUUUCGGUUUCACCAAAUGGGCUUGUUUUUAUUGCCCGUGGAAACGACCUGAUCGUUUUUAGUACCAGUGACUACAACCAAGCCAGUUCAUCAUAUGCGCAACGCAAAGAUAAACCUCUGGUCAAUUUCAAGCCCACUCUGUGUAUUACUCUUCGCCAUCGUAUUACUUGGCUCAGUGUGAACUGUUCUGGCAGUCUCCUUCUUCUUGCCUACGGUUCAUCCAUCCAACUGCUCAACAUUCAACGGCUGUCUGCUCACUCUCCCCACGGUCUUCUCGGGAACGUUUUGGACAUCCCAAAAGCGGAAGGAGCCAUCCGGGAAAUGGCAUGGAAUCCUGCCGACAAGCACCGAUUUGCCCUUGUUACGACUGCUGGUUCUGUUUUCAUGUACUUGGCAGACCCGUCGCAGGAGCCUCACAUAAAUUUAAUAGGAUGUCUACCUACUUCGGUCCAAGUUCAAUGCACUCUGACUGAUAUUGGCAAGUAUGGUGAGCAGAUUGAUCUCUAUCAUAAUGGGGAGGAAAAUCUCACAUUUGAUAAUGGAGAGGAGUGGGAUACUAUAAUUGUGGAGUUAGAUUUUGUCACUGUUAAUAUACAGAUCUUUCUUUCCGAUCUUGUAGUUUCAUGGAGUCCUAAGGGCAAGCAGCUAGCAUUGACCGGUAUCGGCACUCUUUCGGAGUCAACACCAAAGUCUGCGGCGAUGAACUCCACUUCUAUUGUCCAGGUGGACCACGACCUUAAGGUCAAGCGGAUCAUUCCUAUCAAUGCACUCCUUAAUGAGCAUCUCAAGGACCUCACUGAACCCCGACCAAUCAGCAUUCUGUGGACCUCUUCAUAUUGCUUUCUCCUGGGCGUAAUGGACGCCAAAUCGGGUAAAGAAAUGCGCCUCGUCUUCAUAACUGUUCUGCCAAAGUCAGAAGCACGGUUAGGAAAACUCCCCGAUUUCACGAGUUUUGGCAUUGGCCAUUGUCGCUACCUAAUGUGUCUUGUGCCCAAUUCGAUUACACUGGCGACAGUGACGUGGUCACCUGACGCAGAAGAAUGCUACCUCCUUGACAUUCCCUCCAUCACAGCGUCAAAUGAAAGCCCACCUGUGGACAGUCUCCCAAAGCUGAUUAAAACGCUUCCACUUCCUACUGACAGCUAUCCCGUCGCAAUGCAUGUCGGCGCUCUGACAGAUUCUCCUGAUCCAUUGCCUCUCAUAAUUGGCUUGUUGGCGAAUGGAGCUGUAUUUGCGUUCAAAAUAUUUCCUCCGAAGAGUAUCCAGGCUGAAGACGGCUCGGCACCUAGUUUGGCUGCCAUCACUUCUGCGCUCAGUGAUGUCAGGCCCGCCAAUACAGGAGAGAAUUCAACUGUGGAACCACCUUCACCCACUCAGCCUAUAAUAGAGGCGGCCAAUCAAUUUUGGAAGGCUCUGAGAUUACAAGCGGAGACGUCUGCGAAUGCCUGGAACCACCUCCAUUCCGUAUUUGAAGGAAAUUCAUUGAAUCUUCAGCAGAAGAGCGAUGCGAAUGUGGUGAGGCGAGGUGUAUGGGACAUUGAACGAAGCCUUAACAACAUGGACGAUUUUUUGCGCGUUGUGGAGGAGAUCACUGGAGAGCUCCGGAAAGCCUCUCAACUCUCCGUGAAUGAGCAGACAACUUCUGCGGACUUUUUGGAUCGUCUGAAUGGCGAUGUUGAAGCUUUUCACCACCGCAUUAGUGAUAACAAUCGGGUCAUAGCUGCCGCGGGAUUAGAUCCUGGAGCUGCUGCUAUGCUAGCUUCGCUGAAGCGAAAAUCUCGAGCUGCUGAAAGCUUUUUAGCUGAACUUGAGGACCAAGUGGAGAGUCUUUCCGCCCAGUUGGACGCUCGGAACGAGCGCACCAAUUGCUUGGUGGGUAGGAAUAGGAGUAAAUCUGGCUUUUCCAUGGGUGAUGUUGGAAGCCCGAUGGAAAAGAUUCAAGCGACCAUGGCCACGAACGCGCGUCUCAUAAAGUGUGAACGCUAUCGACUAGAACUUAUAUCUCGCAUGGCCGGAAUAUCCAUUUCCGACUGUUCCUCCAACAAUUCGAAAAAUACUUCUACGGCUCCUUCGUUAGGUGGUUCUGCUGUUAGUGUGGAUCGGGAACAGAGGGAUGCUCGGAUAUAUCGUAUGCUAUGUGCUAAGGACAUGUGCAUGACAAAGACAAGAGUAGCGAAAAGUUCUGGGCUGGAACGACUUCCAAUUGCCAAGGCGCCGUCGACGGUCGCGGAAGUGUUGGAAUUAAUGCGGAAGGAGAGGGAGAGGGAGGAGUCUCAAUUAAUAAAGUCGACACCUAAAUCAGUUUGUAGGACACCGCUGAAAGCAGUAGGAGCCUCGAGUCCUCCCAAAGCCGCGUCACAGAUGAAUUUGCCUGGUCAACAGAAAAAUCUUGAAAUUUCGAAACUCCUUGCUUCUGCCGCCUCAGUGCCACCUGUGAUGUUGGCAAAUGGACAUCCCAAUUCAAGAGGCAGUGGAUUUAGUUUCGCCAUAGCCACGGAGAAUGUUCGUACGUCAACUCCUGUUCAUAAGACCAUCGAUAAAUUGCAGCCCCUGAAAGGUGAUGCUGUGUUUGUACCAUCCUCUCAAAAGCCGCCCUCGUCUGGAGUGACUUCUUUGUCGAAAGCACCUAUAUUUGUUCCUUCUACGUCGAAGUCUCUCACUCUGCCCACUCGUGCAACUCCUAUGGCUGCACCCACGACGAAGGUGUUUGGAGCUCCAAUGAGUGAUUCGGGUGGCGAAAAUUUCAAGCCACUUUCUCCACGACUUCCAUCCCCAACAACUGUUACAGAUGCAGCUUCGACUGGCGCAUUUGCUGUUACUGUGUCUCGAAAAUCGCCUUCUUUCAUACCAACUUCCGUCCAAUCUACUGCUCAAAGUUAG